AAAAAAUACUAUCUUGCAAAAGUAUUGUCGUAAGAGUUUGAUGAAGGUCAUCUCCAAAAAAAAAAGGAGUUUGAUGAAGGGAUAAUAAAUCGAUGGAGACGGAGUUGUACUGGUUUUUUUUAGGGGUAGACGGAGUUGUACUGGCGGUACACGAAUACAGUACACGGCCGACUAGCUAGCCUGUCCCACUAGGGCCCAAUAAUAACUCUGGCACUCGAGUUCACUUGUACGUAUACGUAGCGAUCUCCACACCACACCAAUAUUCCAAAGUUCAAACCAAACACGAGAGGCAAAAAGCAAAGCAAACCACCUAUAUUAACGUACAGGCACGUACACAGUUCCGACCCACCAAUCGAUCGAGCUCUCGUCGUGUCGUGUCGCGUCGAAGAUCAUCGAUCGCCGUCGUCCCGUCAUGGCCACCUCCGGCCACAUCGUCGUCGACGUCGGCACCCAUGAAGAUGCUUCGGCGGGUCAGCCGCCCGUCGCGCCAGUGCCGUACCGGCUGUCCUUCACUGACCUGUCGUACACCGUCAGGACGCGCGGCGGCAGGCUGGCGAGCCUGCUGUCCCGCGCCAGGGCGUCCACGGAUUCGCCAUCACCGUCAACCACCAGGGCGCUGCUGAACGGCAUCUCCGGCGAGGCCCGGGAAGGGGAGCUCUUCGCUGUGAUGGGCGCCAGCGGGUCCGGCAAGUCCACCCUUGUCGACGCGCUCGCCGGCCGGAUCGAGCGCGAGAGCCUCCGCGGCACCGUCACGCUCAACGGCGAGCCCCUCCACGGCCGCCGCCUCCGCGCCAUCUCCGCCUACGUCAUGCAGGACGAUCUGCUGUACCCGAUGCUCACGGUGCGGGAGACGCUGAUGUACGCCGCUGAAUUCCGCCUCUCCCGCGCGCUCUCCCCGGCCAGGAAGCGCGAACGCGUCGACGCGCUCAUCGACCAGCUCGGCCUCACCAGCGCCGCCGACACCGUCAUCGGCGACGAGGGGCACCGUGGGGUGUCAGGAGGCGAGAGACGCCGUGUCUCCAUCGGCACGGACAUCAUCCACGACCCGAUCCUGCUGUUCCUCGACGAGCCAACCUCCGGGCUCGACUCGGCGAGUGCGUUCAUGGUGGUGCAGGUGCUCCUCGACAUCGCGCGGAGCGGCAGCGUCGUCGUGAUGACCAUCCACCAGCCCAGCGCUCGGAUCCUCGGCAUCCUUGGCCGCCUCCUGCUCCUCUCCCGCGGCCGCACCGUGUACGCCGGCACGCCUGCCGGCCUCAUGCCCUUCUUCCACGAGUUCGGCAAGCCCAUCCCGGAGAACGAGAACCCGGCCGAGUUCGCGCUGGACACCAUCAGAGAACUCGAGCGCCAGCCUGAUGGCGCUGCGCAGCUCGCGGACUUCAACGCCAGGUGGCAAGCAGACCACAGGAUCAUCGAGACUGUCAACGCGAUGCCGCUAGAGGUCGCCAUAUCCGAGAGCGUCUGUCGUGGGAAGCUGGUGGCCGGGACUGUCACAGGGACGGCGUCAUCGGUGCCGACGUACGCGAACCCGCUGACGGUGGAGGUGUGGGUGCUGAUCAAGCGCUCCUUCACCAACACGCGCCGCAUGCCGGAGCUCUUCGGCAUGCGCCUGGGCACCAUCAUGCUGACUGGGCUCAUCCUGGCGACCAUCUUCCUGCGCCUCGACGACACGCCCAAGGGCGUCCAGGAGCGGCUGGGCUUCUUCGCCAUGGGAAUGUCCACCAUGUUCUACGUCUGCGCCGACGCGCUGCCGGUGUUCGUCCAGGAGCGACACAUCUACCUCCGCGAGACGGCGCACAACUCGUACCGCCGCUUGUCCUACGUGCUCGCCAACUCCGUCGUGUCUUUCCCGCCGCUGGUCAUCCUGUCCCUGGCGUUCGCGGUGACCACGUUCUUCGCCGUGGGCCUCGCCGGCGGGGGCGCGUCGUUCGCCUUCUUUGCGCUGAUCAUUCUCGCGUCGCUGUGGGCGGGCAGCGGGUUCGUGACGUUCCUGUCGGCGGUGGUGCCGCACGUGAUGGUGGGCUACACGGUGGUGGUGGCCAUCCUCGCCUACUUCCUCCUCUUCUCCGGCUUCUUCAUCAACCGGGACAGGAUUCCCAACUACUGGAUAUGGUUCCACUACAUUUCACUCGUCAAGUAUCCCUACCAAGCUGUGUUGCAGAACGAGUUCGGCGACGCGAGCCGGUGCUUCGCGCGCGGGGUACAGAUGUUCGAGGGGACACCCAUCGCCGGCAUGACGGAGGCCGUGAAGUUGAAGGUGCUCGGCGCGAUCAGUGCGACUCUCGGCACAAACAUGACGGCCGCCACGUGCGUCGUCACCGGUGCCGACGUGCUAAGGCAGCAGGCCGUCACGGACCUAGGGAAGUGGAUGUGCCUCCUGGUCACGGCGGCAUUCGGCUUCUUCUUCCGUGCUCUCUUCUACGUCGUCUUGCUCGUCGGGAGCAAGAACAAGCGCAAGUAGACCGCCAUCGAGAAAUCAUUAAAUUUGCUCUGUUUCUUCUCAAGUACAAAUAUCUGUAGUAUAGGAACCGUGCGUAAUUGAUUUAUCUGUUGAUUUAUAUAUUCGAGUUGUUCGA